AAGGCAAUACCGAUCGCUGGACAAACGAUGCAAGGUUUAUCCGACCCGGACAACCUCCGGCCCGGGCGAACUGACGCGCCUUGCGCGGUUGCGGACCAGGCGACACACUUCAUCAUCAAACCGUGACUGUUCAACACGCGCUGAGCGGCGUGUUUUGUUUUCAUUUGUUUGUUUGGUUUUUUUUUUUUGUUCUUUUUUUAAGCCGUUCUUGUUCCUCAAACACGCAUCACCAGGCUACCUGUCAGAGCAAACUGUCACGGAGGUUUUCGCCUGCAGAUCUGUGGACGUGACAAUGACUCUCGAGGAUGAUCUGACAACAGCCGCGGCGAAGGGACACACGGCAGAGGUGGAGGAUCUCCUGCGAGCCGGAGCUCAAGUUAACGGCGUCAACUGUUUUGGGCGAACGGCGCUACAGGUGUUGAUGAUGGGCAGCACGCCGGUGGCUCGGGUGUUGCUGAGUCACGGAGCGGAUCCCAACGUGAAGGACCGAAGCACCGGCAGCACCCCGCUGCACGACGCGGCCAGGAUGGGCUUUCUGGACACUGUGCGCCUCUUGGUGCGAUUUCAGGCUGACCCGCAAGCCAGGGACAACACAUGCUGCAGGCCGAUCGAUGUGGCCAGAGACAACGGACACACGGAUGUGGUUGCUUUUUUGGAGUCUCUGUAAAAUACGUGCGAAGCUGUGAUGCUGCUGGGUUUGCUUCCUGCUGCGUGUCGUCGGUGGGGCUCUGAGAAACGGGGCCUGAGGAGGCCCGCAGCCUGAAUUGUGGACUAGACGGUUUUGCUGUAAAAUAUAAUUUUAUUUAUUUGUAUGUUUUUGGCUGAAGAGGCGCCACUAUUUUAUUUUCAACGAAAUCAGGAUUAUCUACAGGCUACACAUGCCAAUAAGACGCGUACCGUGUCAUCACACGGACCUGGACUGACGCUGCUGGUUUGUUCAGUACGGACUUCACAGCGACCUCAAUUCACUUUGUUGCAAUUUUAACUUCCGCUGUACAAAUGAAAUAUUCGAUGAGAUUGUAAGUAAUUCUACUUAUCACGUGUAUAGUUUUAGUAUUUAUACACUAUACGGCGUUUUUAAAUCAAGACCUUUUUUUUUGCUUCCGUCCAAAACGCAAUGAGAUAACGUAUUUUAAAUACCUGUCCAUGUCAUUUAUUUAACCAAAUAACACAAAAGCCAUUCAGGAUAUUUUGCACAUUUGAACAUUAGCGUCUAAUCGAUGCACUAUUCUUAAAAGUAGAAACUUUAUUAUGCAGAGACUUUGGGAGUCCCGUUUCCUGAUUGUACAAAUGAUGUUUCACAUCUCGGAUAUUAUGCAACUUAUUAAAUUGUAACAUUUAUUUAAAGUAUUUUAAAGGGUAGAAGUAAUGUUCUUGUCCUUCACAUAUUGUCUGCUGGAUGGAUUAUCUAUAGGUACCAGAGAGUAACUAAUAAGAAAAAUAAAAUAAAUGAAAAAGUAAAAAAAAAAAAAAAGAAAAAGAAUAAAGUUAAUAAUUUAAAAAUAAAGA